GUUAACGGUACAGGCGCUUCCCCUCGCCCUCUAGAGUCACAAACAACCGAUGCUGGAAAGAUUACUUCGCUGACAGAAACCUCAGGCACAACACCAGUGUUGGCUUCGCAGGUCACUGACCCCUUGACUCUUCCCUCCAGCAGUGAAGACAGUGCCACCCACGGCAUGCUGCCAGCCGGGUCCCCCUCUCCCCCAACUAAGCCUUCUAGCUCAACUCUCUGGCACAGUGUUGUUAUAGAAGGUGACACUGGUUCUGGAUAUUUGGCAGAAUUUUCAGAUAACCAAUUAGAGUCCUCUGGUUUUUUGUUCGUGGCUGGUAAAAAUCCAGCCACGUUUAGCGUGGAGGAGUGGGACACAAGUGCUACAAGACAUAGUUUAGUUCCCAGUAACACAUCUAAUAAAGCUACCAAGGGCAUCCCAUUACAACCCCCUACCACCAGUGCUCUGCAGUCAGUCAUCAUAACUUCUGUCCAUGCAUCACCAACACAACUAACUUCUCCUUUUUUGUCAACAACCAACUUUACCCAUUCUGUCAUUACAGUGUUAUCUGGAGUAUCUUCUGGUGCAAUACCUACAGUAGGAACUUCAGAAGCAAAACCACUAACAAGAAAAUCAUCUCCAGCUUCACCAGUGCCAGCUUCUUCCUUCUUUUCUCUCGGCACUGAAAACACACCUUUGCCAUCUGUGAUGGCUUUAAGCACACCGAUACUGACACUAACAAAAAAUAACACUGCCACAAAAUUGACAUCAGAUCUAAUCUCAGUAGGAACACACACAGAUUUUCCUUUUGCAACAAGAAACACAACUGCAUCACCUGUGGACGUGACAGCUAUGCUCGUAACACCUAAAAGCAGCAUGGUCACAGCUUCCACACUGGCACCCGCAGCACACGUGCCAGGGCAGAUAGAGACAGCAGUAACUGACACCCAGAAGUUCCCAAGCUCAGAAAUCACCCAAACGUCAACCCUGUAUCCGCUGACAAUUACAGCAGCUUUGACAUCUAUUACAGCAUCAGCGAAAACAACUAGGCUUCCCCCUACUCCAGUGGAAAACACCUCUGCUCCUCCCGAAACCACCGCAGCAGGCGCUUUCGCUAACAUGACAGCAGCCCCUCCCCUGGACUGCCGGCUCUCCAGGAACCUCCUGGUUAAAACAGUUCUGUUUCUGAACACAAGGAGGAUGAUGAUCAGCAAUGCCUUCAGGGAGAGCGUGAGAAAAGGGCUCAACCAAGUGCUGAGACAAGCUUUCAACCAGAACGUCAGCGCUCAGGUUGAAAUCCUGGAGCAAUCCAAUAACGUGACAGUUGGUUACUACGUUACGCGGGGCAGGCUGGUUUUCAUGCCAGCCGCCGUCAUUGAGAGGCUUCGUGCGUACGGCAUCAGCAACGCCACGGCCGACAUCAAGCAGCACGUACCACAUCUCCAGUCCGUGGCGGCCCUGGCCUUGCCCUGGCAGCCCCUUCCCGCCUAUCACUUCCAGCUGAAAACAGAGCUGCAGUUUGUGGGUCAAACGGACAAUAUACAGUCAUGCAAAUUUGUUCAGACCAUGGAGCAACGGUUACAGAGAGCGUUUCAGGAUGCUGAAAGAAAAGUCUUAAACACCAGCAACAACUUAACAGUUCAGAUUUUGAACACAUCUAAUGUCUCCCAAGCUGUCACCCUGUUUUAUGUAGUGAACAAUCAAAGCACGACUCUAAAUGGCACGAUUUCCAGCAACCUCCUUAAUCAGCUGUCGGCUGAGCUGGUGGGUUUCUAUCUGACCUACCCACCUCUCACCAUUGCAGAAUCUUUGGAGUAUCCAAACCUUGAUGUCUCGGAGUCAACUAGAGACUACUGGGUGAUAACAGUUAUUCAAGGGGUUGACAUUGCGUUGCUGGGACUGAACAAUCAGAGCUUUGCCAGGUUAAUGGAGCAGCGUUUGGCCCCGCUGUUUAUGAUGUCCCAUCAGCAGGGAAGGAGAUUCAAACGUGCCACUACCGUGGGCAGCUACACUGUGCAGAUGGUAAAAAUCCAGCGUAUCCCAGGACCCAAGGAGCCGGCUGAACUGACAUACUAUACGUUAUACAACGGGAAGCCUUUGCUGGGCACCGCAGCUGCCAAAAUUUUGAGUACCGUUGACUCCCAGCGGAUGGCAUUGACACUGGGUUAUGUUAUUCAAGUUCAAGCCGAUCCUGUGGUGAAGAACCCUCCAAACAACCUGUGGAUCAUUGCAGCGGUGCUGGCUCCCAUUGCUGUGGUCACGGUUAUCAUCAUCAUCAUCACAGCAGUUCUGUGCAGAAAGAACAAGAACGAUUUCAAACCAGACACCAUGAUGAACCUGCCUCAGAGAGCUAAACCAGUACAAGGCUUUGACUAUGCCAAGCAACACUUAGGUCAGCAGGGGGCUGAAGAUGAGGUUUUACCUGUAACUCAGGAGACUGUUGUACUUCCACUUCCAGUUAGAGAUGCUCCUGCCUCCCAGGAAAGAGAAAUUACUCAGGAUGGGAGCACCAUCAAAACUGCCAAAUCCAACGAAACCAGGAAAAGCCGGUCCCCGAGUCAGAACGGCUCCAUCAUCAGCAACGGGUCAGGAAAGCCCAGCUCCGGCCAGAGCUCCCUCCAGAAAGUAAUGGCACCGCAAAAAGUGACCAAAGACGACGGGAGGAAAAGAAACGGUUUUAAAUCUUCAAAGAAAAUUGUGCCCGUAAGCGAUGAAGAGGAAGGAGGCAUUCUCUUUGAUAAUAUUGCCAAAUCUGCCAUUGACCCCUUCGACACCUCUUCUGGAUCCGUACAGCUGAUAGCCAUCAAACCUGUGGCACUACCUGCUGUUCAUGCUGCUUCAGAUAGGAGCCAGGAAUCUGCCAUCCUUAACGGAGAGGUGAACAAGGCUUUGAAGCAGAAGUCCGAUAUAGAACAUUACCGCAACAAACUGCGCUUGAAAGCCAAGAGGAAGGGGUACUAUGAUUUCCCUCAGGUUGAUAACAAGGGGCUGACAGAGAGAAAAAGGAUGUAUGAAAAAAAACAGAAAGAGCUUGACCACAUUUUGGAUCCAGAUGCAGAUAUCUCGUCUCCCUUUGCUGAGCCUAAGAACAGGCAACCGAUGAAGAACUCAGUAUACAGAAGCAGGCAGUCUUUGAACAGCCCUAGCCCGGGAGAAACUGAGAUGGAUCUUCUUGUGACUCGAGAAAGACCUAGGCGUGGAAUCCGUAAUAGUGGAUACGACACUGAGCCUGAAAUUAUAGAAGAAACAAAUGUUGACCGUGUCAACGAGCCUCGGAGUUACACCAGGUCCCGUCAGGCCAAAGGCCACUCGGAGACCUCAACUUUAAGUUCUCAGCCCUCCAUUGAUGAGGUUCGACAGCAGAUGCAUAUGCUCUUGGAAGAGGCCUUCAGCCUGGCCUCUGCGGGCCACGGAGGACAGAGCAGGCAGGAGGCGUACAGCUCAGCACCGCACUUGCCCUACUCGGAGGUUGUGACCAGUGCUCCUGGUACCAUGACCCGACCUAGAGGGGGGGUACAGUGGGUACCCACAUACAGGCCAGAAAUGUAUCAGUACAGUUUACCAAGACCAGCUUACAGAUUUUCUCAGCUUCCUGAGAUGGUAAUGGGUUCUCCUCCUCCUCCUGUCCCUCCCAGAACAGGUCCUGUGGCUGUUGCCUCUCUCAGGAGGUCUACAUCAGAUAUUGGCAGCAAAGUGAGAAUACCGGAGUCCAGUGGGGCAGAUCAGGCCCAGCAUCAUGAUCAGGCAUCUUUUGCAGCUGGUUCGAGAGCUCCGAUGUCUGUUGGUCCACUUGAUCAAUCAGCUUUUCACUCAGGAAAUACCGUACCAGCAGUAUUUGCCAUACCAGCAGCAAACCGACCAGGCUUCACAGGCUAUUUUAUCCCAACACCACCCACUGCAUACAGGAACCAAGCCUGGAUGCCCUAUGCUGGAGAGAAUGAAUUACCAGGGCAGUGGGCAGACUCAGUACCACUACCUGGAUACAUCGAGGCUUACCCACGCUCCCGCUACCAACACAAUUCUCCUUCACGACUUCCUCGCCAAUACAGCCAGCAAGCGAGCAUGCAUCCCAGCCUGGAACAAGCUCCUCUGCCGUCCACCGCAGCUUCUCAGCAAAGCCUGACAGAACAUGACCACUCUGAUGCUCCUCUCACCAACAUUUCUACAGCUGCCCUCGUAAAGGCAAUAAGAGAAGAAGUUGCUAAACUGGCCAAGAAGCAAACAGAUAUGUUUGAGUUCCAGGUCUAAUAUCUUUAGCGCACAGUAGUUGUAUUGUGCAACCCGGGGUAGCCAAGGGACUCCUUUCGUUUUUGGUGACAAACUUGCUGUGAAUUGUGCCAAAGCGGUGGCGUUUUUCUCUGUCUGAGAAGUCAACACUAUGAAAGGACUUCAAGCAGAGCAACAGGACUCUGAAGAUAUGAAAUUCUGCUUGCCAGCUAAGGAAAAGCUGCCAAGAUACUGUUUAAUACUGAUAAGAUGGAUCACAUGCAAUUAUCAGCUCUUGUACCGUGACCCACUGUCACUAGAGAUGCUGCUGGACAUGUCUGCGCCACAACGAUGUUUCGUUUGCAGGCCCAAAGGCAGAGCGGCUGAAAAUAACUUCUGCAUGUCAAAACUUUGAUUAAAGAAGAAAAUACAGUAGAAGAUGUUUAGCUAAAGGCCACACGCAGUAGGUCUGGCGGUGGCAAUGUUAAUUGUGGGCUGCAGGAUAUUGUAUAAGGGAUGCUGAUUUCAGCAAUGCAGAGUGAUUCAGCCUUUUCAUUCUAGAGACCGUAUUCAAACCAAAAGAAUUUGAGAUGAGUAAGUAAUACAAAUAAAUGUCCUGUAAAUAGCCCCGAUUCUCCUCAUCCUAUUAACAGUACAAAGAAGUGAAAGAAGAGAAGACUGUGAAGAAGGAGAAUGAUAUUUUGAUAAUUGGUGUCUCCCUUGUCCCUCAAUGCCACUGAUGAGUUAUGGAGGGGAGGUUUUUUUUUUUUUUUUCAGCGUGAGAGAAUACAAUGCAUGAAGAGCCAACAAAGGAUAUUGGUGCUAGAAGCUUCCAGGAGAAAUGAAAAAAAAGGUUAUUUGUGUUUGCUCUAUAUUCAGGCUUUUCAGUCUGAAUGCAUGUGAAGCUGGUGAACCUGAGACCUUUGAGCAAGUCUUUCCAACCUGGAAUAAUGAAUGCACCUGCUUGGACAAGCAAACCUCUGUUUAACACAGUGCUUUUUUUCCUCUUUCUUAAACAACGAUACCGACUAAAGGGAUGCCAGAAAGCGCUACCCUGAAGCUGCAGUUGAUUUUGAUUACACUGGCACAGUGAAUGCACACCUAGGAAGUUCUGAAUGUAGAGGACGUGAUUAUGACAUUAACGUGUAUAUAAGUAAACAACGACGUGGACUAACAAAUACACUAAUGUUCUGUGGAAAAAAAAAAAAAAAGCGCGUUUCCAGAAAUUACGCUGACUUUAUAUUGUGCAAGAUAAAGGUCACUAAUUAUUAAACUGCAUUGUUGUAUGAAUCCAAUCCCAAAAGAGAAUCAAACCAGUUGAAUGAAACCGUAGUUUAUCUUUUGCAGUUGUACAAACUAGUUGGAGAUCACGAACAAUUGUUUUCAGUUCUUUCAGCAAUUAGCUUUGGGAACUGAAGUUGUUGCAAAAUUAGUUGUGUUGGGCAUGUUUGAUGUCAACUGGAGUUAAAGGUAAUGUCCUUCGUUUCAGUAAGUUAUUAAGUUAUUCUUAAUUGCUUGUGCUCUUUUGUCUCUGAUCAUUUCAUUUCUCUGAGUUUCUUUGGUCUUUACUGAGGGGAGAAGGGGAACUUGGUUUAGCUUUUGGCCAUCGAUAAAAUGAGAGAAGGGGAGAGGAGACUAGAACAGAGGAUAAAAGAAGAAAUUGCUGAAGCACAAACUUUUAAAGCAGAACUAUUUUUUUUCCCCAUAUAAUUAUAUUAUAAACCCUGACUGAGAUUGUGAUACAUAGUUAUCCUAGAAUAUACAGAUAUCUUCUGCUCCAAUACCUUAAAUAUUGCAGGAGCCUUUGGAAUGCUAGCUAAUCUUUCAACAAAUGUGAAAUUUAUUUCUUUUUUUUUUUUAAUUUAAAAAUCAGAUAUAAAUAAAAUGUAUUUUUGUAAUUUCUAUGUAUAUAUGUGCUGUAUAUUUAUAUAAGUGACUAGUCUGCUAUAGUCAGAAAAUUUCCAUAAACCAAGUGAAGGAAAAAAAAAAAAAAGAAAACAAAAGAAAACCCUAAUAAUUGUAAUGAUCAGUAUAAACAUGCUAUGUCUGGAGUACACAAAUACACAUUUGGGUGACUUGGAUACAAAACAACCAAAGAAACUCAAUCUUUCAUAUAAAUAUAAGUCUAGUAAAGACGGACUGCUCUCAGUUACCUGUCAGCUAAAUAAUACUGAUCUUAUCAGUGUAAUACAAUGCACCCAAAUUACGUUGAAUAAAUAGCUGCCUAAGAAUAUCACACUUUAAAAUAACACCUUAAAAAUCCCGGGCCAAACUCAGAGUGCCAUAAAAAGACUAGUUCUGGUUGGCUUCGGUGGGAACUUCACUCACUGAGAGCAAGGCUGAGUUUCUCUACUAGGGUUCAUGUAUACAUUCAAGUCUCACUAGAAUCCCUUGAACAAUAUUCUGCUUAUUUUUUUUAGUCAUUUACAUCAUUGUAAUGUAAGCGGGGAUGUAAUUGAAGAGCGGCUUGCUUUUAUUUAGCCUAAGCUGGUUCAUAACUGGCUUACUCUAACUCGGUAAGUGAAACCUCCACUAAAUUGGGUCAGCCACAUUUUGCAUCAGCUUUAUGACCUCAGGUUUUUUUGAACGGUUCUUCUGUUCAGCUCAACAACGUUUUGCAAGUAGAUGGGCCCUUCUAUGCAACGGGAGUGAAAUGUGCUGUGAAAUAGAUUUCUGUAUCUUAGACUCCAGUUUUGCAGACUUUUUUUUUUUUUGCAGACUUUAUCCUAAAGCUGCAAAUACGGAACCAUCAUCGUUGAGAGGAGUGCUGAAGCCCUAGAGCUGGGAGGGGUAAUGUUACAACAUAGUCCCAAAAGGAGUAGGAUAUACCCGAUUUAAACAGUGCUUUUGUGACACUUGGCUCUGUUUGUAAAUCUCUUCCCGUUCUUAGAUCUCUGCCCAUUCUUAAAUUUAAGCAACUUAGUAGUUCUACUGAAAAAUGUGUGCAGGUAAAGCCUCUUACAUCUUACUUGAUGAAGUAUCUUGCCAUACUGGAAAUCAAAAAGCUUGGAAAUUAUGUAGACAUACAGGGCUUGAAUGCCUACAUGCAAACGAACAGACAGAAAAACCCCGAAUAAAAACAUUUAAAUAGGCUCCUAGAAAGAAAAAAAAACAACAUUUCAGUCAAGUUAAACAAAGUACUCUUCAUCCUACUGAGGAAGACCUGUUAGACUUUCAAAAUUAAUUUUGUUUGGUAUUGUAUCGGUGAUGUGCAGUCUAUUGAAUAUUCCCUGAACCAUCACUCUGAAACCAUUGUGGUGCACUUAAUUCACAAAGGCAUCUGACAUUUUUCAUUCAUAAUGGCUUUUUUUCCUGUUUGUAAUAGGUUUCUGUAUAUUUUUUUUUUUGUUGUUGUUUUAAAGUACAAAGUAAGAUUAUAUCAAGACAGUAAGGACAUUCCUGGGAAAGAAAAACCAUGCUGUAAUAUUUAUACUGAGCACAAAGCAAUGAUCAAGUGAAAAUACAGUGUACAAAUAAUUUGUAAUAUAAUAAACAUUUUAUAUGGCUACAAUUACAAAAUAGUUUUUCAAUACUGAUUUCAAAGAAGAAAGUACACCCGUUUAAAGUUAUAACCUCAUUGGAAUAUAUUAAUGCAAUUUUUACUGAUAAAACACCUAGUCAUUAAGGUUUUUCUACUAAAUGCCCCAGUUUUCUUUAAAAUUCUGUUACAUGUUUAGGUGAAAAUACUGUUUUCUGUGUACAAAAACGUUGCUGUUCUGACCACUGUUUGUUGUCAGAUUUGUAAAUCAUCGUUAGAAACAUCUGCAAAUGAAACGCACGUAAAAUGACUUCUUGGUAUGUGUGUAAUGACCGGUUUCAGUAGGUAUACUAUGUGUGAUGUUCAUUAACGUCAGUAGAAGAGUAAUGUUAAGAGGAUAAGAGGGCACUACUUUUGGGGAGAGAAACAUUAUCUGGAUUUGAGAGAAGCUCUAGCAUUCAGCCUAGAAAUAUAAAUAAUAUUUAUAUCUAAUACAAUUAUGGAUAGAACCUGAUGGAAGUGCAUGUAAAUCCUACACCUAGAAAUGGGAAGGCUAUCGUAAGUAAUGAUCGUUUCUUUAUCAGACUAACUUUGACGAGGGGAGACAUAUAAGAAAUGUAAGAUAAAAACGCAAAGCCUGUAGAAAAAGCGUGAGUGGAUGGAAUGGCAGAACUGCCUUGUUUAAGGGAUGAUACGUACGAAGCAGUUUUCAUUAUGUUUCACGAUGUCUGAUUGUUAAUUAAUUACAUUUUAAUGUACUGGUUUUUGUUCUGCGCUGCAAAUAGAAGAGCUAACUGCCAGCUUCUAAAAGUCGGAGGAAGCUCGAAAGCAGCGUUUUCUGAGCUAGCAGGAGUCACUUUGUUUUGCUGACCUUGUUCAUCCUGUACACGCCCGAGCCGCUCUGAGUACUGUGUCCAAGGAUGCUGUAAAUCAGUUCCGGUCCUGACCUUGCAUUUCUCGUACGUAAACAAAUCGCAGCAGCUUCUCGUACCUCACUGACAUGAAAUGGGGUAGGAAGAAAACAAGCGUGAGAGAACUUGAAGGACGUUAACAGGUCAGGAGUUACCUUAACGGUCUGGAAGCCGUGGAUCUUCUGUUGCAUGUUAACUCAUGCCCGCUGGAAAAUAGUUGGUUUUGGCAGCUGUUCUCAGUAAGGGGCAUUCCUUUCGUUGUCAGUGACCAAUGUGCAUAAAUUAAGGCUCAGUCCUAUCACAAGAGAGUGUAUCGAUUUAUGCUUCCACUCCUCUGUGUAAGCCAUGGGCAUUCCCUGUGCAGCUCCACGUGAGAGAAUGGCAUCAUUAACACCAGUGGUUUCCAGUUACUUGAAGUAAUCUCUUGCAAUAAAACCUCGAGUUGUGCGGCAUUUUAUCUAUAUUUUACUACAUCAUUAGGAGGAGGGGGG